AUGAGAUACACUGCCAAUAACACAGGGAUCUGGUUGUCAUUUGUCAAGGUUAUUUUGACACCACCAGUCCUGGUUCGUAACCGACUUAUUGCUAAUAGUCUUCACAAUGGGGCGAAAUUAAUCGAAGAGUCUGUAAAGAAAAGUGAAGGAGGUUUCGAAUCCAUCUCAAAGGAACUUGUCAGCUAUCAGCUUCACUGGCUUCGACAACAGAUGGUUAUCGUCAAACAAGAAUCUUUCAUGUUUAAUCGGUGGGUAUAUGAGAAUAUUGAAUUUGGUGUCACGAAUGUCGAAUGGAAGAAUGUGCCUAAGAGUGUCAUGCACAAUUUUACAUCACAUUAA